CAAUCAGAAUCAGAAAACGCAGAGCAUCCGAGAGAGAGAGAGAGUCUCAGAUGGUCAAAUAUUGUUAUAAAGGUCUCUGAAACUACUUGUAGUACAAUUUCACUUUACCUUCUCUCUUCUAUUUCUCUGUCUCUAAAAACCUUUUAGGGUUUCUUUGCUUUGUGGUUUGAUCACUGUUCCAGCUACACUCGCACGAUCACAAGCUUUGAAGUCUGCAAAAUGUGAGAUUUACAGUUGCAGGUUGAAGAUCCGCUUGCUACUCAUGCAUGCUUGGGUGAGAAAGGAGUGAAUUUGAUAGAGGUUCUGCUAUGGAGUUGAGGUUGAGGAGUUAAAUCUCUUUGAUACUAAUUGUAUCUUGAAAGCAAUUGCAAACAUAUCACCUUUGUUUCUGUUCACCACAUAUGGCUUCAGCUGGUCUGGUGCCUUCAGCAAUUGGACAACCUAGUGACAAUACAAUGUUUGUUGACAAGCUCCCAGAGGAAAUCAAUGAAAUGAAGAUAAGAGAUGACAGGAUGGAAAAGGAAAUGGAAGCAACAGUUGUGGAUGGAAAUGGAACCGAAACAGGUCACAUUAUUGUAACAACUAUUGGUGGUAGAAACGGUCAGCCCAAACAGACCAUAAGUUACAUGGCAGAGCGUGUUGUUGGUCAGGGUUCAUUCGGCAUAGUCUUUCAGGCUAAGUGCCUAGAAUCAGGGGAAACUGUUGCAAUCAAGAAAGUCUUACAGGACAAGAGAUAUAAGAAUCGUGAAUUGCAAACAAUGCGUCUUCUUGAUCACCCCAAUGUUGUUUCUCUCAAACACUGCUUCUUUUCAACUACAGAGAAGGAUGAGCUUUAUCUCAAUUUGGUUCUUGAGUAUGUACCUGAGACAGUUUACCGUGUAGCAAAACACUAUAGCAGGGCAAAUCAGCGAAUGCCCAUGAUAUACGUCAAAAUCUAUACAUAUCAGAUCUGUAGAGCUUUGGCAUAUAUUCAUGGGGGUAUAGGAGUCUGCCACAGGGACAUUAAGCCGCAGAAUUUACUGGUUAAUCCCCAUACUCAUCAGCUUAAACUUUGUGAUUUUGGAAGUGCAAAAGUUCUGGUCAAAGGCGAACCAAAUAUAUCUUAUAUUUGUUCUCGUUAUUACCGUGCACCUGAACUCAUAUUUGGGUCAACUGAAUACACAACUGCAAUUGAUAUAUGGUCUGUAGGUUGUGUCCUUGCUGAACUGCUUCUUGGACAGCCUCUCUUUCCAGGUGAGAGUGGAGUUGAUCAGCUUGUUGAGAUAAUUAAGGUACUUGGGACUCCAACUCGUGAGGAAAUCAAAUGUAUGAAUCCAAACUAUACGGAGUUUAAAUUCCCACAAAUCAAGGCUCACCCCUGGCACAAAAUUUUUCACAAGCGCAUGCCCCCUGAAGCAGUGGAUCUAGUCUCAAGACUUCUUCAAUACUCUCCAAAUUUAAGGUGUACUGCAUUGGAGGCCUGUAUCCACCCAUUUUUUGAUGAACUUCGUGAUCCUAAUACCCGUCUCCCUAAUGGCAGGCCGCUGCCUCCUCUCUUUAACUUCAAACCUCAAGAGCUGAAAGGAGCAUCACUGGAGCUCCUGCCCAAACUGAUACCGGAACAUGCUCGGAAACAGUGCUCCUUCCUUGGUUUCUAGGGUGUACCCUCUAUGUUGAUAUUUGUGGACUGAUUUGUGCUGUACUUGUUUAUUCACUUUGUUGGCUGAAUUAGUGACAUCCCAGUUUGUUGUAGUGGUCUUCUGUAAGAAAACGAUUGAUGAAUAUCUCUGGUUUUGUUUAUCUUUGGGGGUUAAUUGCAAAAACCUCUUCGGAACUA